AUGUCUUACGGUAAUGGUGAAACUGGUGGGCACCCAAUGUAUAACCUUUGCAGUAGAGUUCAGCAUUCUGACUCCCAAGUGGGGAACCUGAAUGGACACAGGAAAUCUGCAACCUUUUUGGAAGUGCGAGCAAACUUAAACAAUAUGCAGUACUCUUCUGUGGCACUUGAUCCCGAUCCUUUGGUGACUAUUGGAUCAAAAAUUUAUUCGAACUCUGAAGAAGAAGAUCCACAUGAUCCUGCUUUCCAGAUAAACAACGAAUCCAUGACAGGAAGUGAGGUACACCGGGCCUACCCUACGAAAUGCUUUUAUGGCCCAUACUUGACCAAAACUAGUAUGCAGGGAGACGUGUACAACUUUCUGGAACGGCCCAGUGGAUGGAAGUGUUUCAUUUAUCACUUUGCAGUAUUUCUAUUGGUGCUGGUUUGUUUAAUCUUUAGUGUUCUGUCCACUAUUGAAUACUAUGCAGAAUUUGCCACUGGGACACUUUUUUGGAUGGAAAUUGUCUUGGUGGUGUUCUUUGGUGCUGAAUAUGUGGUGAGGCUGUGGUCUGCAGGUUGCAGAAGCAAAUACGUCGGUAUUAAGGGAAGAAUACGAUUUGCUAGGAAGCCUAUAUCAAUAAUAGAUCUUAUUGUUGUUAUAGCUUCAAUUAUUGUUCUGAGUGUAGGAUCAAAUGGACAGGUGUUUGCCACAUCUGCAAUAAGGGGAAUCCGUUUUUUGCAGAUACUUCGCAUGCUUCAUGUAGACCGACAGGGUGGCACUUGGAGGCUCUUGGGAUCUGUUGUAUUCAUACAUCGUCAGGAACUAAUAACUACACUGUAUAUUGGAUUCUUGGGAUUGAUCUUCUCAUCGUACUUCGUCUAUCUCGCUGAGAAGGAUGCAGUGGAUGAGGAGGGACAAACAGGGUUUUCCAGUUAUGCUGACGCUCUCUGGUGGGGUGUGGUAACAGUCACUACUAUUGGCUAUGGUGAUAAAGUGCCACAGACAUGGAUUGGCAAGACAAUUGCGUCUUGCUUCUCUGUGUUUGCCAUCUCUUUCUUUGCUCUUCCAGCGGGCAUCCUGGGUUCCGGCUUUGCACUUAAGGUACAACAGAAACAACGUCAAAAACAUUUCAACAGGCAAAUACCUGCAGCAGCAUCUCUAAUUCAGACUCUGUGGAGGUGUUAUGCAGCAGAGAAGUCAUACAAUUCCACAGCCACAUGGAAGAUCUAUGUCACCCCAGCUCAAAACGCAAAGAAAACAGCAGCACCAUCUAGCCCAAAUCUCAGAAAACAGAGCAGAAGAUACAAAAGGAAAGGAAAACCUGGGCGUGAUAAUGGUUCCACACCUAUAAUGAAUCCAGGGGAGACAGCGUUGCCUAUUCCACAAAUUACUUAUGACCAUAUCAGUCAGCGAGAAGACAAGAAAGAGAUGAGUUUCUACCUUGAUGAACCUGGAGGUAACUUACUAUCUUACAAUCAGCUAUCUAUCUGUGCUGCAACCUGUCCCACUUCACAAGUAAAAAAGCGUUUGGAAGGGAACAGUGAUGAAAUGUCAAGGGCCAACAGUUUCACAGAAGACAUGGACCUCAUCUCUGAAGAGGCACCUUUGCCCGUGUCUGAUGUGUCACAGCUAACAGAAGCACACCGAACAGCUGUCAAAGUCAUCAGAAGAAUGCAGUAUUUUGUAGCCCGGAGGAAAUUUCAGCAAGCUCGGAAGCCUUAUGAUGUGCGUGAUGUGAUCGAACAAUACUCUCAAGGGCAUCUCAAUAUGAUGGUUCGAAUAAAAGAACUCCAAAGAAGGUUGGAUCAUUCCUUGGGGAAGCCUGGCCUCUUUCUUCCAGUUACAGAAAAGGGAGUAGACAAAGGAUACUAUACAGUAGGAGCAAGACUGAUCCGGCUGGAGGAUAAGGUCACACAGAUCGACCAAAAGCUGAAUGACAUCCUGAAUGCUCUUGAGGCUCAAUUUAGCAAGCAGCAAGCAGCAGACUGGACAUCACCCUCGGCUACCCCUAGAGCUAGGCGGUUGCGGGCUUCAUCGGGCUCUCCUCCGCUGAGCCGCAAGAUGUGAAAACAACUCAACAGUAUUCCACCAUCUUUCUCAUUCUUUCAGAAAUAGCUGUAGUUGGUGUUGAGAUCCAAGUUUGCAACUGAUUAAAUGGAUCCAUGAACAGAAAGAGUAAGACACAAGGCACCUUCCCACACGCUCUUCUUUUAAACCUCACACCUUCCUCAUCCUGUCUUCCUUCAUUUCAUCAAAUGGAACCAACAGGAUAUGGUAACGCUCAGCAGGAACAGAGGUAAGAAACUUGUUUGAGAGAGAGGCUUCACCAAGAAAUAAGAUUAGUCAACUCUGUAUGUUAGGAUGAGUUCCUUCCUACAAAAGGAGAUGUCAAGGCUUGUCUGGAAACCAUCUUCUGACCUGGACAUUCUUCCACUUGUUAUCCAGCUGAGGACAUUAGCACUCACUGAUGAGGGAAAUGCACUCUGUACUUGCUCAGAGGCAGUUUCAUCUGUUCAUGUGUAUUCCAGAGUUGUCCCACAACAUUGAAAACAUCCCAUAGGCAAUCCCUGGCUCAAACAAAGCCCUGGAUUGACAAGCCUUGUUUUCUAGGAGCGAGAGAACUCUGCUACAGUUUUCAAGCAAAGGAUCCUAAUCUAGGGAAUGGUUAAGGCAUUACCUCAUCACAAAACACCAGGUUUUUCAGGAUAUAUGUAUAAAAUGUGUUGAACCAUACACAUGCGUAAUAAGGCAUGACUACCCAAGGACGGUAGGAGUGUGAAUUCCCCUUUAAUUUUCCCACUACCUUUCAUAGUUUUCAGUUUUCCAGUUAGUUUUCAGUGAGAUGAAUAUUCUCCUUUGUGGAAAAUUCCUGUUUUCCACAAGGUGGAGGAGUGGAAAACACGGUAAAUUUAUAUUUUCAACCUUUUGAUUUGCAAAUUAUUGACAGCCAUACUCUGUGUCACCGAGGAAAAAUGUGUAACACAUCAAGGGAACUAAAGGAAGAACCUAUGCUAUUAUUAGGAAACAGUGUUUGCAAGAAGACAGAAAACAUGUUGAAAUGAAGAACAAUGGUACUUUGAAUACAAAUAUUUUAAUACCUGUAAGCUGCACAAAUUCCCAUUUAUAAAGUUAAUUUUCAUUCAUAAGUGAGACUAAGGGUAUGGAAAACCUGACAUUUUCUUUCUGCCGAUGUUUCUGCCUUCCUACCGUCUGGUAUCACAUGAUUUUUGUAAAGUGGAUCCAAAUUAUUAAUCUUCUUCACAUGCAUAUUAUUCACAACUGUGGAUCUCAUUCCACAUUCAAAAGACAAUGUUGAAUUAUCAUUUUUGCAUAUUGCAUUCACACUAAUAUCCAUGCUUCAUGUAUUUCAUUCAAAGGACAGAUCAUCGUUUCACAUUGCCUAUACAAUUGACCCUCAUGUUUCAGCCAAUUGCCCAUCAUGUUCCUCCAUAUUUAAAAAAUCAGCAGUGAAAUUCAAACCUGAGUAGAUCCAAAUUGUAGUUGUGUUGCCCAUUCAAAUGUUCAGGCAGCAGUACAGAUCUGAAGCACUGGAAUGUAUUGCAAGUGCAUUAUUUAUACAUCAUAAAUCAACACAGGUCUACACCCCGGUUGUUGCACAUUCCAUGGGAAGUUGGCUUGAUUGUCACAGGCACAUGGAGGCCAUUGCUUUUCAUACAUUCAGCAACAAUAUUUGCAAACUUAAAUUGGUGAUAAGAUUUAUUUAUUUAUUGCUUUGGGAGGAGGAGGGCCCAUAGCUCAGAGAUAGAUUCCUUUAAGGUCAUUUGCCCAGGUGAGUCUGAUCCACUCCCGCCAACUCGCCCACCCAGGUCUCAGGAAUACAGGCCAGGUCAACUCCCUCAUCCACAGUUAAGUCAGAGAAGUGAGGCCUUUAAAUAAAGCGCCACUAAGUCAUCUCUGGCAAUAUUGCUGUAUAUUGAAAUAAACAUUUCAAUUUUUUUGAAUGGACAUGAUGCAGAGGGACACUAGCUGUUGUGCAAAUAAACGAGUUUUGUACAUAUGAAAAAUUGUUGCACUUUUAAUGUAACUUUGAUUGUUUAUUGAAUACUAAAGUAUCGUCUCUUUGAAAUGUCCAUGAUCUGUACAUUGCCUAUAUAAUAAAGUAUCACGUACUUCAGAAAAUAAUUCAAAUGAACCAAUUGGGAAAUACUGUAAAUAGCAUGCCUCAACUGGAGAGAGUUUGUGUUUAUUAAAGCUUCUUUAGACAUUCCUUUUGGCAUACAGUUUCUCUUGUUAGCAUGAUUGCAACAUUAAAAGAUGGCUUGCACAUGUAAAUGUCUCCUCACAGAUGUAACUCCAUCUUACUUGGCUCAAGUACAAUGCUUUCCAAUGGACUCAGUUCAUACAUACAGUUGAUGUUUGUCAAGGGUGGAAUAAUCCAGUGUAGCAAAGCAAUGUGACAUGCAUGCACAUGUGUGGAAAAUCCAGGGCCUCUCUUUCUGGACUUCAUAGUGCUCACCAAGCUACAUCCCCAUACUCCUCGAGCCAUACUUUUCACAGACCCUCAAGGGUGCUGACUAGGGCCAACGUUGGCGCAUGCUGUGCCGUAGUGUGUCGCGAUGUGACGUGAUGAUGUCACAUAUGUCAUGUCAUGACAGAAUGGCUCCGGUACUGUGGCGGCAGCUGGACCAGGCCCACCUCACCCCCAACUGCCCCCACUGCCAUACCUCUGGCACUCAGUCCCUGGUCCAGUUGUUGCCAUGACAGGGGGCCACACCCUGAGGCAGCCACCGGGGCAGGGGGCAGAGGCCAGGCACUCAUGGGCACCCACAGCAAAAGGUUUGUGGGUGCCCAGGCACCUGGAGCUCCCUGGAGUUGGCGCCAGUGGUGACCCUGCUUGGCCCCCUCCUUGCAUGCUCUUGCCUGGGUCGACUGUGUCCCUGGACUGCAAUAGCACUGCUUGUUUAUCUGGAUGGAGAAUGCGUGUGUAAAAGUGUAAAAAAUCCUCUGGCAUCUGAAUGGCUGGAACACAUUGACUGCAAUGGUAAGAGUCACCUUUUGCUGUACCCAUUUUGCCUCUGGCCCUACCUGUAAUGAUAAAUGUGACUAUAACGUUAAGGGCAAGCAGGAGGAAGGGCUGGAAGCCUGAAUGAGAUAGUACUAGAAGGAGAGAAGACCUGUUGUACAUAGUUCUUUAAUAAAACUGUUUAUUGAUCAACUUCUCUGGCCUACUCAUCAUUAAACACGGAAUACUGU